ACUUUCUUUCGUUUUCUUUCCUCCAGAGGAGCGUGUGCGCUCCUGUCCCACUCCCCCUCGCGUUGUAAAAACUCGCUGAUUAUCGUUUAAAAGGGGGGCACGAGAACAUCGGGGGGGAAAAAAACAUGAUGAGCAAUAAUACAUACUACGACCAGCAGCUGCCGCCGCAGUAUUACCAGGGCACCGACAACGGGGAGGGCGGAGACGAGGAGAUGCCGGCCACGGAGAAGGACCUGGCGGAGGAUGCUCCCUGGAAGAAGAUCCAGCAGAACACCUUCACCAGGUGGUGCAACGAGCAUCUGAAAUGCCUCAACAAAAAGAUCAACGACCUGCAGAAGGACCUGAGCGACGGGCUCAAGCUCAUCGGGCUCCUGGAAGUUCUCAGCCAAAAGAAAAUGUACAGAAAGUACCACGCCAGACCCAAUUUCAGGCAGAUGAAGCUGGAGAACGUGUCCGUCGCGCUAGAGUUUCUAGAAAGGGAACACAUCAAACUGGUUUCUAUAGAUAGUAAAGCUAUAGUGGACGGCAACCUAAAACUGAUCCUGGGGCUGAUAUGGACCCUUAUUCUGCACUACUCUAUUUCCAUGCCCAUGUGGGAGGAUGAGGACGAUGAAGACGCCAGGAAGCUGACGCCCAAACAGCGCCUUCUGGGCUGGAUCCAGAACAAGGUCCCCCAGCUGCCCAUCAACAACUUCCACAGGGACUGGAGAGAUGGCAAAGCCCUCGGUGCACUGGUGGAUAAUUGCGCACCUGGCCUGUGUCCGGACUGGGAGACAUGGGACCUGAGUCAGCCAGUGGAGAAUGCAAGAGAAGCCAUGCAACAAGCCGACGACUGGCUCGGUGUGCCUCAGGUGAUUGCUCCUGAGGAGAUCGUGGAUCCUAAUGUGGACGAGCACUCAGUGAUGACCUACCUGUCUCAGUUCCCCAAAGCCAAACUCAAGCCUGGUGCCCCACUGCGAUCUAAAACCCUGCACCCCAAGAGAGCCAAGGCCUAUGGUCCAGGUAUUGAGCCCAGAGGUAAUGUCGUGUUGAGGCCAGCUGAGUUUGUGGUGGAGACCGUGGAGGCCGGGCUUGGAGAGGUGUUGGUGUACAUCGAGGAUCCAGAGAGCCACACAGAAGAGGCCAGAGUAAUUCCCAACAAUGACAGGAACAGGAGCUACUCUGUGGUCUAUGUCCCAAAAGUGGAGGGUCUGCAUAAGGUGAAGGUGUUGUUUGCUGGACAGGACAUUGACAGAAGCCCUUUCCUAGUAAAUGUGUCUAAAGCACUGGGAGACCCGAACAAGGUGCAGGCCCGUGGGCCAGGUUUGGAAUCCGUGGGCAAUGUGGCCAAUAAACCCACCUAUUUUGACAUCUACACAGCAGGUGCAGGAGCAGGUGAUGUCGGUGUGAUCAUUGUGGACUCUCAGGGCCGCAGAGACACAGUGGAGAUCAUUCUGGAAAACAAGGGCGACAGUGUUUUCCGCUGCACGUACGGCCCCAUUUUGGAGGGCCCUCACACUAUAUAUGUGACAUUCGCUGGCCAGCAGAUACCCAGAAGCCCUUUCACUGUUCACAUCUCAGAGGCUCCUCCGAGCGGCCGGCAGAUCGGCUCCCCGGUUCACAUAAUCCCUCAGUCUAUACGCACGCCGCCCUCAGAAAAGGCCAAGAAAAUGCCUCCCUCAACACCACCCAAACCCAGGCGACCAACAAGCAACCCGAAUGCCUGUCGGGCCAUCGGGCGCGGCCUGCAGCCCAAGGGUGUGCGUGUGAAGGAGGUGGCCGACUUUAAGGUGUACACGAAGGGAGCAGGCAGUGGAGAACUACGUGUUCAAGUCAAAGGGCCAAGAGGUGGCGAUGAGCCUGUGAAGGUGCAAGAGCUGGGAGACGGUGUGUAUGAAUGUGAUUACUACCCCAUUUUCACUGGAAAAUACAUUAUCACCAUUACUUGGGGUGGCCACGCCAUUCCCCGCAGCCCAUUUGAGGUGGUCAUAAGUGAAGAUGCAGGCCCUCAGAAGGUGAGGGCUUGGGGUCCAGGCUUGGAGACGGGCAUGGUUGGCAAAUCAGCUGACUUUGUGGUCGAGGCCAUUGGCACUGAGGUUGGAACUCUGGGUUUCUCCAUCGAAGGCCCCUCACAGGCUAAGAUAGAGUGUGAUGAUAAGGGAGAUGGAUCUUGUGAUGUUUUGUACUGGCCCACUGAGCCUGGUGACUAUGCGGUCCAUGUCAUCUGUGAUGAUGAAGAUAUCAAAGACAGCCCAUUUAUGGCCCACAUCCUCCCUGCAGCCAAUGAUGUCUUUCCUGAGAAGGUUAAGUGCUACGGCCCUGGGCUAGAACCAACCGGGUGCAUUGUAAACAAACCUGCUGAAUUUACAAUUGACGCCCGUGGAGCUGGAAGAGGACAUCUACAGAUUUACGCUCAGGACUCAGAAGGCUUCCCCAUCGACAUCCAGAUCACAGAUAAUAGUGACAGCACAUAUUUCUGCAUCUACAUACCCACCAAGCCCAUCAAACACACUAUCAUCAUCACCUGGGGAGAGGUCAACGUUCCCAACAGUCCAUUCAGGGUGACCAUUGGAGAAGGCAGUCACCCAGAGAACGUGAAGGUUCAUGGACCAGGAGUGGAGAAGACUGGCUUGAAGGCUAGUGAACCCACAUAUUUUACUGUGGAUUGCAGUGAGGCCGGACAAGGAGAUGUCAGCAUUGGGAUUAAGUGUGCUCCUGGCGUGGUGGGACCUGCCGAAGCAGAUAUUGAUUUUGACAUCAUUAAAAAUGACAACGACACAUUCACAGUGAAGUAUACACCCCCUGGAGCCGGACGGUACACCAUCAUGGUGCUAUUUGCUGAUCAAGAAAUUCCAAUCAGCCCCUUCCGUAUCAAAGUUGAUCCAUCCCAUGAUGCCAAUAAAGUAAAGGCAGAGGGUCCUGGACUCAACAAGACAGGUGUGGAAGUGGGCAAGCCGACCCACUUCAUGAUCUACACUAAAGGAGCAGGCAAGGCCACACCUGAGGUUCACUUCACCACAGCUGGGAAAGGAGAAGCCGUCAGUGACUUUGAGAUCAUCGAUAACCACGACUAUUCUUUCACUGUGCGUUACACUGCGUUACAGCAGGGUAACAUGAGCAUAUCUGUGUGCCAUGGUGGUGACCCCAUCCCCAAAAGCCCUUUUACCAUCACUGUUGCUCCUCCUUUGGAUCUCAACAAGGUCAAAGUUCAAGGACUCAACAACAAAGUCGAUGUAGGAAAAGAUGAGGAGUUUACCAUUAACACACGUGGUGCGGGAGGUCAAGGAAAGGUGGACGUCAAGAUUACCUCACCUUCUCACCGGCCAAUCCCGUGCAAGGUUGAAUCUGGAGCAUCCAAUGAGGUGCACACUGUUAAAUACAUUCCCCCGGAAGAGGGGCCCUACAAAGUGGACAUCAGCUAUGAUGGAAACCCCGUGCCUGGAAGUCCUUUCACGGUGGAGGGAGUGAUGCCUCCAGAUCCCUCAAAGGUACGAGCCUACGGCCCUGGCCUAAAGGGAGGUAUUGUGGGUAAACCCGCUCCAUUUGCCAUCGACACCAAAGGUGCAGGUACAGGGGGUCUUGGGCUGACUGUGGAGGGUCCGUGUGAAGCCAAGAUUGAGUGCCAGGACAAUGGAGACGGAUCUUGCUCAGUAUCCUAUCUGCCCACUGAGCCUGGAGAGUAUUCCAUCAACAUCCUGUUUGCUGAUGCUCACAUCACUGGUUCUCCCUUCAAAGCCAUGGUGCAGUCUAUCUUUGACCCCAGCAAGGUCACAGCUAGCGGACCAGGGCUGGAGAGAGGAAAGGUCAACGAAGCGGCAUCGUUCAAGGUGGACUGCUCUAAAGCAGGCGAGGCGGAGUUGACCAUCAAGAUUAUUUCGGAUUCAGGAACGCAGGCUGAGGUUCGUGUCCAGAAUAACAGUGAUGGAACAUAUUCUAUCACCUACAUCCCUCCUUUCCACGGAAUGUACACCAUCACAAUUAAAUAUGGAGGACAUGCAGUGCCGAAGUUCCCUGCAAGGGUGCAGGUAGAUCCUGCUCUCGAUACAAGUGGAAUCAAGGUCUACGGUCCAGGAGUGGAACCCAGAGGGGUGCUCCGAGAGGUCACUACACACUUUGUCGUUGACACUCGGGUUCACAGCAAGAUGGGUGGAAACCACAUCAAAGUUCGUAUUGUUAACCCAUCGGGUGCCAACACUGAUGCGUACAUCACUGACAAAGGAGAUGGCACUUAUAGAGUGGAGUAUACAGCAUAUGAGGAUGGUGUGCAUCUGAUAGAGGUGCUGUAUGAUGACGUACCUGUCCCCAAGAGCCCGUUUAGGGUGGCGGUAACUGAAGGUUGUGAUCCCAGCCGUGUACGUGCCUACGGUCCUGGUCUGGAAGAGGGUCUGGUCAACAAACCCAACCGCUUCACUGUGGAGACCAGGGGUGCUGGCACGGGUGGUCUCGGAUUGGCCAUUGAGGGUCCAUCAGAAGCUAAGAUGUCUUGUAAAGAUAACAAAGAUGGCAGCUGUAGCGUGGAGUAUAUUCCUUUCACUCCUGGAGAAUAUGACGUCAACAUCACUUUCGGAGGUCUGCCUAUCCCAGGUAGCCCAUUCAGGGUGCCUGUGAGGGAGUUGGUGGAUCCAAGUAAGGUGAAGUGUUCUGGUCCUGGUUUGGGAAGUGGAGUAAGAACCCACGUCCCUCAAACCUUCACCGUGGACUGCAGCAAAGCUGGACUCGCCCAACUAGAGGUGCUUCUGUAUGGACCCACAGGGUUGACAGAGCCAGUGAAUAUCACGGACAAUGGUGAUGGCACACACACGGUGAUCUACACUCCUGCUAAAGAUGGACCUUACACUGUGUGUGUCAAAUAUGCAGACCAAGAAGUGCCACGCAGUCCAUUUAAGAUCAAGGUGUUGCCUGCACAUGAUGCCAGUAAAGUUCGUGCCAGCGGUCCCGGACUGAACGCUUCUGGCGUUCCCGCCAGCCUGCCGGUGGAGUUCACCAUCGAUGCCCGUGACGCAGGCGAGGGUCUUCUCACUGUACAGAUACUGGGUCUGGAUGGGUGCAGGCAGGAGGCCUCUGUGUUUGUGGAGGACUGGGGUAGGAGGGUGUGGGAGAACCACAUUGUAAAGGGCACCAUCCCCUUCCAUAUUCUUAGGAAAGGAUGUGACCCAGAAGGAAAACCAAAGAAAGCCAACAUUCGAGAUAACAGAGAUGGAACAUACACCGUGUCCUACGUCCCAGAUAUGACAGGACGCUACACUAUUACAAUCAAAUAUGGUGGAGAUGAGAUCCCAUACUCACCCUACCGCAUACAUGCGCUGCCUAGUGGAGAUGCCAGCAAAUGCCUUGUGACAGUGUCAAUUGGGGGACACGGAUUAGGCUCUGGGCUCGGACCCACUAUUCAAAUCGGCGAGGAGACCGUUAUCACUGUGGAUGCAAAGGCUGCUGGGAAGGGGAAGGUCACCUGCAAAGUGUCAACUCCAGAUGGGGCGGAGCUAGACGUGGAUGUGGUGGAGAAUGCGGACGGGACAUUUGAUAUUUAUUAUACUGCUCCAGAGCCUGGGAAAUAUGUCAUAACCAUUCGCUUUGGAGGAGAGCACAUUCCCAACAGCCCCUUCCAUGUGGUGGCAUCUGAUACCAUCCCUAUAAUCGAGGAACCAUGUGAUAAACUACAGUUACAGCAGCCCUACGCCCCCUACCAGGGCUACACCCCUCACUGGGCCACGGAGGAACCAGUCACUGCAGUGGAUGCCAUGGAGCCAAUGCUCCGCCCGUUCAAUCUGGUCAUUCCAUUUACUGUGCAAAAGGGGGAGAUUACAGGUGAUGUACGUAUGCCCUCUGGUAAAACCGCCUGUCCCCACAUCACUGAUAACAAGGACGGGACUGUGACGGUCAAAUACAGCCCCAAUGAGAAGGGCCUACAUGAGAUGGACAUCAAAUAUGACGGGAACCACAUACCAGGAAGUCCGCUGCAGUUCUAUGUGGAUGCCAUUAACAGCGGGCAUGUGAAUGCAUACGGCCCUGGUCUGAGUCACGGCAUGGUCAACAAACCCACCACCUUCACAAUCGUCACUAAGGAUGCUGGAGAAGGUGGUCUGUCUUUGGCAGUGGAAGGCCCUUCUAAAGCAGAGAUCAGCUGUAAGGAUAAUAAAGAUGGCACCUGCACUGUGUCCUACCUGCCAAUGGCCCCAGGAGGCUAUAAUAUAAUCGUCAAGUUUGAUGACAAGCACAUCGCUGGAAGCCCCUUUACAGCCAAGAUCACAGGUGAUGACUCCAUGAGGACGUCUCAGCUGAACGUUGGCACAGCCACAGACGUGUCACUGAAGAUCACAGAGACGGACCUGAGCUCCCUGACCGCGAGCAUCAGAGCCCCAUCUGGCAAUGAGGAGCCCUGCCUGCUGAAGAGACUGCCAAACCGACACAUCGGAAUAUCUUUCACUCCUAAAGAGGUGGGUGAGCAUGUGGUCAGCGUGAAGAAGAAUGGAAAACACGUGACCAACAGCCCAUUCAAGAUCAUGGUGGGGCAGUCUGAGAUCGGAGAUGCCAGUAAGGUGAAGGUGUUUGGCAAAGGACUGAUUGAAGGACACACCUUUGAAGUGGCUGAGUUCAUUGUGGACACCAGAAGUGCAGGUUAUGGAGGUCUUGGUCUGUCCAUCGAGGGGCCCAGUAAAGUUGACAUUAACUGUUCGGAUGUGGAAGAUGGAACCUGCAGAGUGACCUACUGCCCAACCGAACCCGGAACUUACAUCAUCAACAUCAAAUUUGCCGACCAACAUGUGCCAGGAAGUCCAUUUACAGUGAAGGUUCUGGGCGAGGGAAGAAUGAAGGAGAGCAUCACCAGAAAGAGGCAGGCGCCCUCUAUUGCCACGGUGGGCAGCACUUCCUAA